CUGCGGCUUCUUCCGGACGUGAAAGUUUGCUGCGUAGGGAUAGGGAGACCGGGCCGGACUGCGGGGAGUGAGCAGGUUCAGCAGUGACGGCAUUCUUAAGAGUCCUGUCCAAGUGAGGGACUUGGGGUGUGGGACACAGUGGCCCCCAGGGCAGUGGGCGUUGGAAACUGAGAGGCCCUGCUAAGGAGGCUUUGGGAGGGGCUGCGGAGACCAGGGGACGAGGUAUAGGAAGAGGAGGGCGGGAAGCUUUGGUAGUGGGCUUCUUGGAUCCCAGUUGCCCCAGAGGCACAGGCCUGGGCAUCACUGUAUUUCCCAAGGGGAGAAGGGGCUAUUUCCCAUGGGAAGACAAAGUGGGAUGAAUAGUGGACCUUGAGAAGAAGGGGUGGCCAGGAAAAGGUUCCUGAAGGAGGCAGGACCCAGACUGCAGGCUGGGGAGGGUUUGGGCAGCCAGAGGGAGGUGAGGGUGCUGGAGCGGGGGUCAGUCGGUCACUCUGGCCGGAGAUCUGAGUGGCCUCUGCCUCCUCUGUGCUGUGGAGUGCAUCUGACUGCCAGCCUCGCUGGACCGUUGAGAGGAUUCAUCGAGACCCUGGAUAUGAAUAUGCAGUGUGAACUGAAGUUUGGGGACAUGAGUAAUCAGUCACAGUGGCCCAAGAUUUGAGGUGUAAAUGGAGAAGUCAGAAUGAUUCGCUGCAGCUGUCUGGAACAGCUGCACCUGCAGAUGCUGCUGCUGCCGCCCUCCAGCGAGGCCGUGGCGCCACGUGGCUGGAGGAGGAGCUGCAGCUGCCCCGAGUGCUGCCGCGUGUGCAGCUCUCCAGUGCGGCUGCAGCGCCACCGCGCGUUGCUUUCGACGCCCGAGUCCUUCGCAUGCGCAGCCAGCGCCCGGGCCUCAAGUGCCCCAGGACCUGGCACAGCCCGCGAGCCUGCAUCAGGCUUCCAGUGGGCCCCGUGGGCAGUGCCAGCCUUUCCCACCUCCACAUCUCGCAAAGCCUGGCCUUCGCUGCGCCUCGGUCGCCACGUGCCUUCUGGAAAUAUCACACCUCCCCACCUGCGCAUGUAGCCGUCCUCUGUGGGCCUCGGUUCCCGCAUGUGCCCCGUGGGAAGAACACACCUUCCCCAACUAUCUGGCAGCGUCUGGCCUUCUCCGGGCCUCGGUCUCCCCAUUUGCUGGGUGGAGAAUCACGGCCCGGCCACAUCGGAGCAAUGGCUGGCCUCUGGACCUCGGUCUCUACAUUUGCUCAGCCGGCAGGAACAUACCUUCUCCGGCCCUGUACCUCGGUGGGUGGCCACGGCCGAGCAGGCAGCGACGGCCCAGUGGAAAGAGAACAAACCCUUGUGGGCCUUAGGGCAAAGACGUAA